UGACAGCUGUUUAUUAUGCAACAACCCUGUGAAGUAAAUAUCCCCAGGCACUGUCAGCAGCACUCAGGACCGGACUGGACUACCCAGAAGAGGAAGACCCCGGCAGGGCUGUGUGUGAAGUUCACUUCUGCUGAGCACCUUCUCUUCCAGAGACCUCAGUCAGCUCCCUCUCUCUGUCAGUCUGCAGUCACACUGAGGAUGGACUCCAAAACAGAAGCUCAGACCAAUGGAGUCCCAACCACACAGAAAAGCCCUGAGGCUCAGGAAAAAAACAGUACCCAGUCUAGCUGUGGAGGAUGCGGGAGGACUGUCCGGAGCUGGAUACCAGUCAACUUCAGAGAAGAAGCUGUCCAGUUACUGAAGCUAGCCGGACCAGUGUUUAUUUCACAGCUUAUGAUUUUCCUGAUCAGCUUUGUCAGCACUGUGUUUUGUGGACACUUGGGGAACACAGAGUUAGCUGGUGUAGCUUUGGCCAUAGCAGUUAUUAAUGUCACAGGUCUGUCCAUUGGUUCUGGCUUGGCGUCAGCAUGCGACACACUCAUUUCUCAGACGUUUGGCAGUAAUAACCUCAAGAGGGUGGGGGUGAUCCUACAGAGGGGCGUCCUCAUCCUCCUGCUGGCCUGCUUUCCCUGCUGGGCCAUACUCAUCAACACAGAGCCCAUCCUGCUGGCUGUCAGACAGAGCCCCAGGGUGGCCAGUCUCUCACAGCUGUAUGUAAAGAUUUACAUGCCUUCUCUCCCUGCUGCUUUCAUGUACCAGUUACAAGGUCGAUACCUGCAGAAUCAGGGCAUCAUAUGGCCUCAGGUCAUCACUGGAGCUGCUGGAAACAUCCUGAAUGCUUUGAUAAACUACAUCUUCCUUCAUUUGCUUCAUCUGGGUGUGGCUGGUUCUGCUGCAGCAAACUCAAUUUCUCAGUGUUCCUUGGCUGUGUUUCUCUACGUUUACAUCCGCUGGAAGGGGUUACACAAGGCCACCUGGGAUGGCUGGUCUCGUGAUUGCCUGCAAGAGUGGGGUGCCUUCAUCCGCCUGGCUUUCCCCAGCAUGCUGAUGCUGUGCGUAGAGUGGUGGACAUAUGAGAUCGGAGGAUUUUUGGCAGGUCUCAUUGGUGAAACUGAGUUGGGAGCCCAGUCUGUUAUCUAUGAGUUAGCCACUAUUGCAUACAUGUUUCCUCUGGGAUUUGCUGUGGCAGCCAGUGUGAGAGUGGGCAAUGCUCUGGGAGCCGGCAACACAGAACAGGCCAAACUCUCUGGGAAAGUGGCUCUGAUAUGUGGGCUCCUGGUCUCGUGUGGAGUUGCUGCUUUAAUCAGUGGAUUGAAAGAUGUAAUUGCAUACACCUUUACUACUGAACAGGAAAUUAUAGUCAGAGUUUCAGAAGUCAUGGCCAUGUACGGCUUCUUCCACCUAUUUGAUGCAACUGCGGCUAUCACAGGUGGUAUUGUCAGAGGGGCAGGAAAGCAGCUGGUUGGUGCUAUGUGUAAUAUUGUUGGCUACUAUUUUGUGGGCUUCCCACUUGGAGUGUCCUUGAUGUUUGCACUCAGUAUGGGCAUAGUUGGUUUGUGGGCUGGCUUUUUUGUAUGUGUCUUCCUGCAGUCUGUCUUCUUUCUCAUACUAAUUUGCAAACUUGACUGGAAAAAAGCAACUAAAGAGGCUCAGGUAAGAGCAGGUAUUUGCCAAACUGAGAUGAAAGAUGAAUCGUAUGCUAUGGAGAAUAAGAGCUGUGAAGCAGAUGAAUAUCAGGGGACCAAACCCAGUAAAGAAGACCACACUUAUAAAAACCCUGACAUAGAAGGCCAGAACAAAUGUGAAGAAACACAAACUGCUGAGGAGAAAAGAGUUGCAGUUAUUGGGGAAAUGCUGUCCACCAAGCAAUUAGUCAUUCGCCGAGGACUCGCCGUUUUCCUGAUGGUGCUCAUUCUCGCUGGUGGGAUCGUACUCAACAUUUUUCUCACAGAUUUCCUCAAACAAGUCUGAGAGCUAAUAAUUCUACUGCCAAGAAGAACCUUUCCCAACAAGACGCAGGGAGGGAGGAAACACUAUCCUGUUUUCAAGGCCGAGGGUCAAACUCUCUCUGGAAAGUUGAAAACAGGAGCGUCGCUUUAUCCGUACUGAAACCAAUAUGAAAUCUGUUAAAGCUUUGGUCAGAUCACAUGAUGUUGACUAGUUCAGCUGUUUUUCUGAGCUGUAUCACAUCACAACAGCAGAUGUGGGAAAAUAAGCCAAAGAGCUGUUAAACUUGAAAUCAUGAAUUGAGCAACUCUGUGCCCAUCCAUUCCACUGGACUGCACUGCACUUCUAAAGGACUUGUACUUUAAUCUUAAUUUAAGAGCCAGUUAAGCUACUGUUAAAUCUUUCUUUUACUUCAGAUUAAAUUAUAUAGGAUUACAAAUGUGACUAACCUGCUGAGCUGCUGACAUUUUAGUUUUCAGGUUUACUAAGAUCGAGCACACUGAUUAAAGAUUAAAGGGGUAGUUCAAUUCAAAUCACUGAUAAAUGAUCUAAUACACAAAUAGUACAUUAAAGUAUCGUGGGUUAAAUUCCUAAAUGCUGUAUAUGGAUUCAUAAAAUUUUGAAAAAAUUAUCUGGCAUACAGUGCCAAAAAAUCUAUAAUAUAAUGUAUAAUGUGUUACAUUUCCAACAAGAAGCACUUAUGCUCUUUGAAAGAAAAUAAUAAUAAUUUAUUCAUCACCACAAGUAUUGUAACAGGUGGCUCAACUUAGAAUGUGUUUUAACAGUGAUUUAUCAUAUUAGCCUAAUACGGGCUAUAGUUUAGAAAUCACUACUAGUUUUUAUUCAAACAAUGUAUUUUGUUUGCUUUGGAUAAAUAAUAAAAAAUAAACUACCAUUUUAAAGCUUCUCAAGUGAUAAAUACAAAAGUAUACAAGACAUAUCAAUGAGAGAAUCAUUUUACCAAGUUUAAUUUGCCCCUUAAAAGGAUCAUGGAUUAAAUAUAACUAUUAAAGAAUUCAGUGUAAUUUCUGUAUGCUGAUUUUAAAAUGAUGAACUACCCCUUCAAAGUAGGAACAUUUUAGCACUUGCCUUAGCAGCUAUGUGUAACUUUUCUAUAGAGAUUGGUGUUAGUUUUUUUUUU